CUUUUUUGUGUAAGAUUGAGGUUAAGUUUGUUUAAUCGUGUAAUUUGUAUAGGUUGUUUCCAACUCUAUACUUAUAUCCGUUUACUCAUUACAUGGUGUGAAAUACUUGCAAGUGAAAUACAUAGUGAUAAAAUAAAAUGUAUUAUUAUUUACUCGUAUAAUCAUUAAUGUGAAAUCCAAACUAUUAGAAAAAAGGCAUCCGUGAUUACCUGCAGGGCAGAUAUAAGACACAAGUGGUAAUGACAAUAGCAAAGUUGUUUAACUAUAUGUUUUAUAGCUAGUCAGUUAUUGUACUGUAGUGUAAUAAUAAUUCGUAUGGACCAAAAUAUUAAAGAUUAGGUUUGUUAUUUUUUAAUUAAUUAUUAGUCUAUUAUUGUUUUGAAACUGGCUUGUUAAAUGUAAUUAAAAUACAUUAUUGGAUUUUAAUAUUAGGGUUUCUGUUGCUAUUUCAAACAUUUACAUCUACAAGCCACACAGUUAUGUUGAAUUAUUCUCAAUUUAUUAAGUUUGCUAAUUGAUCUUGUGAUGGAAGGAAAUUCAUCUCAAGGUAAAAUUACAAGUACUAUUGUUGUCAGCAAACAUGAUACAAGUCAAAACUCAGUUGUAACCAAAAAGAGGAAAAAGUCAAGGAAAGAGAGCAAAAAAAGAAAAUAUUCUUCAAGCAGUGGGGAAUCAGAAGAUGAAUCAUCACUAAAACAGUUUAAAACCAAACACAAGAAGUGCAAAAAGAGACAUAAACAUGUUAAAGAUAAAAAGAAUAAAACUAGUAAGCUUAAAGAUGUACACUUACAAAAGUGUGACGUGAAAGAUAUAGAGGAAGCAAUUAUAGGGCCUGAUAUCCCUGGUGACUUACUGAAAAAAGCUCAGUCAAUGGCUCCAAUGUCAAAGGAAGAGUGGGAAAAACAGCAAAAUACAAUUCGAAGAGUCUAUGAUGAAGAGACCGGCAGGACAAGACUUAUUCGGGGAGAAGGCGAAAUCAUAGAGGAGAUUGUUAGCAGAGAACGACAUAAAGAAAUCAAUCGUCAAGCAACAAGAGGAGAUGGCGAGUUUUUCCAGUCAAACCUUAAGAAAUGGAUUUAAUUGGUGAAAAUAAUACCCAGCAAGGACAUGAAGUGCACAUAGGAGAUGUAAUAGUUAUAAGUAUCGAAGAUAUUCUUUAUUUCUUAAGCCAA